AUGGCCUCCCAUCAACCCGGCCCAUGCUGUGCCCAAGGCUUCAAGCAUGAGGGCAAGCCUACAGGACAGAUCCAGGACAUCGAUGGCACUCAGGUGUAUUUCGCCCUUCCCAAGGGCGAUGUGAAGCCCGACCAGGCCAUCCUCUACAUCACCGAUAUCAUGGGCAUAUACAACAACAGCCAGCUCCUGGCCGACGCCUUUGCCGCUAACGGCUACCUGACCAUCAUCCCGGAUCUCUUCGCCGGCAAGCCGUGGAAGCUCAAUGCCGGCUUUGAAGGCCUGAUGGAUUGGAUCAAGGGCUAUUCCACGGACGUGGUUGACCCUAUCAUCGCGUCCGCCAUCAAAUAUCUUCGUGAGAAGAAGGGUAUCAAGAAGAUCGCCGCCGUUGGCUACUGUUUUGGUGGCAAGUACGUUUGCCGCUUCCUAAAGGAAGGCCAGAUCGACGUCGGCUACACUGCGCAUCCAUCCUUCGUCGAUCCCGAGGAACUUGCCGGCAUCGAAAACGACACCAUUUUCCCAUCGGAGAAACGACACGAGUCCGAGGAAAUUCUUCAGAAGACCGGGCUGCCCUACCAGAUCAACCUCUUCAGCGGCGUGGAGCAUGGUUUUGCGGUUCGCGGCGACCUGGACAGCAGGCCGGUCACAUUCGCCAGAGAGCAGGCUUUCACCCAGGCUGCCACAUGGAUCAAAUGGCACCUCUAG